UAAGCGUGUCAAGCUACCCAGUAAAGAACAAAUGCGUGCAUAUAUCGAGAAGAAACCAAAAUAUGGAAGAUUCUACCGUUCCAUAAGUACCCUUCCUUAUCAAGAAGAAUUGGCUGAGGAAAUUGGUGUAAAUCCAUCAUUCUGGAAGAUGCUCAUUUCGGAUCCUCGGUUAGCUAUGGCGUGUUGGUAUGGGCCUCAGGUUCCGUAUACGUAUCGCUUACAGGGGCCUAGAACAUGGGACGGCGCUCGUGAAGCUAUAUUGUCCGUAUGGGAAAACACUACAAGUCCUACGAACUCUUACAGGUCGUAAUCACUGAUAUAUUACUAAGUCAAAAAAUGGAAAUCACUGUUACGUUGAAAAAAAUGCACUGAUUGACAAGGCUUAAUAUGAA